AAUUGUCCCUUUUCUCCCUACUUCAGCAGAAACCGAAAACAUGAUGAAACCUGAAGCAAGUGUAUACUCAAACUUCACCAAAUGCUUCCGAAACACAUGUUAUUCCUCAAAACCAGUAUCACACAAAUCAUCAAUCUCUGACAGAGAUUCCGAUGACGCAGUAACGACGCCGCUCGAUCGAUCGGAGACGGCAGCAUCCGUCCGGAGGAAACCAGGCGGAUGGAAGGCCAUGCCUUACAUCCUAGGAAACGAUACGCUGGAGAGGUUGGCAACGUUUGGAUUGCUGGCAAAUUUUAUGGUAUACUUGACGAGGGAGGUGCACUUGGACCAGGUUUCGGCUUCAAACGUUAUAUACAUCUGGUAUGGUGUCACCAACUUCGCUCCUCUGCUCGGCGCCUUCGUCUCCGACGCCUACGUCGGCCGCUUUGGCACCAUCGCUUUCGGCUCCUUCUCUUUACUUCUGGGGAUGGCGACGCUGACAAUGACAACUUGGUUGCCGGAGUUGCAUCCUCCGCCGUGCAGCGGCAACCAGCAGAAACUGGGGCAGUGCUUACCUCCGACCAAAGCUCAACUAGGCUUCCUGAUUUUGGGUCUAGGCUUUGUCUCGGUAGGCACCGGAGGAAUUAGACCCUGCAGCAUCCCCUUCGGAAUUGACCAGUUUGACCCCAACACCGAUGACGGAAAGAAAGGAAUCAAAAGCUUCUUCAACUGGUACUACGCCACAUUCACAGUUGUGUUGCUCAUCACUUCAACUCUGGUGGUUUACAUCCAAGACAAGGUCAGCUGGAGUUUGGGUUUUGGGAUACCGACAGUGCUCAUGUGUGGCUCAAUUGUGCUUCUGUUUGUUGGAGUAAGGAUUUACGUGCAUGCCAAGCCACAAGGUAGCAUGUUCACCAGCAUUGCCCAAGUUCUUGUUGCUGCUUACAAGAAACGACAACUUAAGCUUCCAGACGACAAGGCAAUUGAUGGAAGCAAAUUGUAUGAUCCUCCUGUGAAGGAUUUGCUUAUACAAAAGCUCCCUCCCACCAACCAAAUCAGGUUCUUGAACAAGGCAGCUAUAAUAUUGGAGAAUGAUAUAAAGCCCGAUGGCUGUCCAGUUAACAAAUGGAGGCUUUGCAGCGUUCAACAAGUCGAAGACCUUAAAUGUGUCAUAAAAACCAUGCCAAUAUGGGCUUCAGCUAUCGUUAGCUUCACUGCCAUGACACAACAAGCAACAUUCACUGUAUCUCAAGCCCUCAAAUUAAACCGCCACCUUGGUCAGAAGUUCGAAAUCCCAGCUGGUUCACUCAUUGUCAUCUCCUUGCUCACAAUAGGAAUAUUUCUCCCGGUCUACGACAGGCUCCUAGUCCCUGCUCUUCGAAAAGUUACCAAAGAUGAAGGUGGGAUCACAGUUCUACAAAGAAUCGGAAUCGGGUGUAUUUUUUCAGUUCUGGCAAUGCUCGUGGCAGGUUUCAUUGAAAAGGAAAGAAGAGACAUGGCUAAUUUGCAUCCCCAUGAACCUGUCUCGUUUAUGUGGUUGGCUCCGCAGCUUAUCUUGAUGGGUCUUUGUGAGGCAUUUAGUGUCAUUGGACUGCUGGAGUUCUUCAACCGGGAGUUUCCUGAUCACAUCAGGAGUGUUGGUAACGCACUUCUGUCUUGCUCUUUUGCAGGGUCAAGUUACUUGAGCAGUGUACUAGUCACUGUUGUUCAUCGUGUGACCGGAACUCACAGCAAGCCCGAUUGGUUGACCAAUGAUAUCAAUGCCGGCAGAUUGGAUUUGUUCUAUUUUCUCUUGGCCGGGAUAGGUUUUCUGAAUUUUUUCUACUUCCUUUUCUGUGCUCAACGAUACAAGUAUAAGGGCACUGUUCAGAAGGAGGAUGACAACAACCCUUGUGUUACUGUGGAGCUAGGUUCAACCACCACUACAUGAUCCUUUCAAUUUGCUGCAUUAGUAGAGUUGAUGCAAUCCUAUAUAUAUAGUUUGUAAUCCAAUGUACGUAUGUGGCCGGAAUGAGUAAGAGAUCGAAUAUAUGCUAUAACCAUGUAUUAAGAAAGGGCAUGCAUGCCUUAGCCUUUAUGUAACCAGUGUUGCGACUCUGGAAUGUAAUAUAUGUCUUUGCAAU